AUCAGUCACUGUUCUGUUUAUCUAGUGCAAAAUGUUCACCAAAGUGUUCGUCCUUAGCGCCGUGUUGGCCGCCGCCAACGCUGGUCUUCUGCCAUACCACCACGCUGCGGCAGUUUCGUCCCAGAGCAUCGUCCGUCAUGAUGCCCCGGCACACUAUGCCUCGGCUCAUUACGCCCCUGCUCAUUAUGCCGCACCCAUUGUCCAUGCAGCUCCACUCAUCCACGCCGCCCCUGUAGUCCACGCUGCCCCCAUCGUCCACGCCGCUUCUCUUGGCUACGCUCAUGGCCACGACACCUAUGCUCACCCCAAAUACGACUAUGCUUACUCCGUGGCUGACCCUCACACUGGUGACCACAAGAGCCAGCACGAGAGCCGCGAUGGUGGUGCCGUACAUGGUAGCUACUCCCUCGUUGAGCCUGAUGGUUCCGUACGUAAAGUAGACUACACCGCUGAUGACCAUCAUGGUUUCAACGCCGUUGUCCACAAGACCCCCGGACACCACCCCGCCCCCGUCGUACACGCUGCCCCCGUUGUACACGCCGCCCCCAUUGUCCACGCGGCUCCCCUCGCUCACGUCGGCUAUGCUUCCUUGGCCCAUGGACACCAUGGUCUCCAUCAUUACUAAACAACUAGCAUCGAUUUAUGUUUGAUAUGAUCGUGACGGAUGACUGAUGAAUGUGUUAUUUAUGUGUAAAUAAUGAUGAUGAAACUAAUACUCAAAUGUAAAUAAAUAUCAGCUGCUGAAUAUU